AUGGCCACGCCAGCCCCGGCUUUCGAACUCGACCCUGGUCUCUGGAACCAGACGCUUUACGGAAAGAUGCGUGAGUUCUGGUUCGGCAAUAUACCUGCUGGCUCAGAAACACCGCCUAUGGAGCAGAUGAAAAAAUGGUUUGGCAUAGCGCAAUCACCAGAAGUCAAGAAGGAGAUGGAUAGCCAGUGCAAGGCCAUGGCUGAGCCGGCCCUGAACAGCAUAACACCAGAGCACCUCACAUUACCGGCAUUCAAAAAAUAUGAAGACGAACAGGCACAGGCAGAGACACUUGCUGCGCCGUUCUUGCAUGAGGUCGAGACAGCACGACAGCAAGGCGAAGAGAUGGCUUCACAGACACUGCUAUCGGUGAUUCUAUUGCUGGAUCAGAUGCCUCGUAACAUUCUCCGUGAACAGCACGAGCUGCCUCUCGUCUACAAUCAUUACGACCGCCUUGCCUACGCGUUAGUCAUGGGAUCUCUCGAGAAAACGCCUGAGCUCUUCACGCACCCCUCGGUGCAAAACCGGAUGUAUUGGAUGUGGCUACUCAUGCCACUCACCCACAGCGAGCACUUGCCAUCGCAUCGUCGAUUGUAUGAAUUAGGCGAGCAGUUCGCCAAGAACGCGAAUGAACCGAAGGAAGGUGCGGUCGCGGACUACGCAAGAUCAUGGUUCAAGGCAUAUGGCCAGCACUACGAACCUAUUGAGAAGUUUGGCCGCUUUCCGCAUCGAAAUCAAUGUUUAGGGAGGAUGACUACGCUGGAAGAAACUAAGUAUCUCCAGACUGCAGAUACGUUCGGCGUAGAGCAAAAGGAAGCGAAGCAGACAAAGGAUGAAUUGUAA